CUACGCAAUUGGUGUGUCUCCUUGCUUCCCGCUAGACCCUGGGUCACACCCAAGUGAUAAUGACGAGGCGAAAGUAUCAAGAUACUUUGGCAUUGAAGUUUGUUGAGAGAAAAGAACUACUCCGCACGAAGCUCACGAUCCGCUGAACGAUUUUGUCCGAGAGGCAGAGAAGAGCGGACUCAUAAUACUUGCAGAGACGCCAGCAACAACGAACAAGAAGAACGUCAAUUAUUUCCAACAAUGACGGAAACAGCCCUCCUCUCCCCAACAGAAGACCACCAUAACCACAACACCAACAUCCUCCACAAAUUCCCCAACCCACCACAACCUCAAUCACAAUCCGUAUCCCAAGACCCUCGCUCCCGAAGCCUCUCAACAACAACAACCGCCCUCCCCAUAAUCUUCUCCCCACACGACCUCCUCCCCACCCCUCAAAGAACCUUCACAAUCCUCCCCAGCACCGAAGACAUCAAAGAAGUCCACUGCCACAACUCCGGCUUACAACCCUACACCAUAAAACGCAAAACCCAACGACCCGGUCGAAGACCCAUGAUUACAAUCGCCUCAUUACCAGGCCGAGAAAUCGUAGCAGGAACAAAAGCCGGAAGAAGAGAAUGUCACAUUUUCGUCGGGAAUCCCGAGAAAGGUGCGACGGUGUGGUUACCUGUUGUGCAGAAUAGUACUGGGAUUUGGACGUUUAAUGCGAAUGAGAGGGUUUUGAGGUGGAGGGAGAAGGAGUCGUGGUUGAAUGGGCGUGGGGGCGGGAGUAGUGGGAAAGGAGGGGAUUUGAAAGACUUUGAGUUGAUGGAUGCGAUUUCUGCGGAGCCGUUGGCGGAGUAUCGGACAAAACUUUCUGGAGGAGCGGUCUUGGAGAUUUAUUGUGAUAUGGAGCAAUCUUUGGAAUUGUUGACGAUGGCUUCGAUUUUGGCGAUUUUGGAGAGAGGACGGACGACGAAGACGGAGAAGGGAGGCAAAAGUGGGGAGAGGAAGGGGAGCUUUCUCGUUUCCGAGAGCUCCUCGCCGACAAGUUCAAGAUCUGCUUCGCCAUGUACUGUACAUGGCAUGGGCGACUGAAGAAGGUGGGCAAAUGGCGGAUUCAUUCAUGCGAUGCGCAAUUGACGUUCAUGUCUUGUCUUCAAAUCACAAGCCAGCGUAUGCGCUCAUGAGAGGAAACCUGCGCAAAAUUGAUCCCUUCUUCCAACAUUACUCGGCAU